AUGUCGCCUUCCCCGCUCCCCGUCCCGAACUCCACGACCUCCUUUUGGAGGUCAACCCCGCACGCUCUGGACGAUCACCGGUCGACCCCCGAGCUUCCGAGCCAAGUCGACAUUGCAGUCAUUGGCUCCGGCUAUGCGGGGGUCUCGACCGUCUACCACAUCCUGGACCAGUGCAAGGCUCGUGGGGUGCCGCCUCCCAAGAUGGUGAUUCUCGAAGCCCGGCAGGUGUGCUCUGGCGCCACGGGACGCAAUGGUGGUCAUCUCAAGCCUGACCCGUACAACCGUCCGGCAAGUCUCAUCGCCACGCACGGCAUCGAAGCCGCGACCGAGGUUGCCGAGUUCGAGGCCAACAACCUUCCGGCAGUGAAGAAGGUUGUCGAGGCCGAAGGGAUUGACUGCGAUUUCGUCCUCACCCGCGCCGUCGAUGCCCUGAUGUCCGAAGCCAUUGCCAAGCGCAUGAAGACCGGCGUCGAUUUGCUCAGGAAGAAUGGCGUGUCUGUAAUGGACGAUGUGUAUUACGCAGAGGGGGCCGAAGCAGAACAACUGUCUGGAGUGAAAGGAGCCAAGGCCUGCUUCUCAUACAGCGCAGGUCACCUAUGGCCGUAUAAGCUCAUCAUCCACCUCCUAUCCAAAGCCAUCGAUGCGGGCGUCAACCUGCAGACACACACACCUGUCAACAGAGUGACCGAGACCCCUGACAAGGAGGGUUAUCUGACGCUAUCCACCCCUCGGGGCAAGAUCCGUGCCGCCAAGAUCGUGUACGCGACCAACGCCUACACGUCAUCCCUGCUGCCCGAGUUCGUCGACAAGAUUGUGCCUGUGCGCGGAAUCUGCAGCCACAUCACGCCGAGCAAAAAGCCCAGUCCUCUGCUGCCCCACUCGUACAUCAUCAGGUGGUCCGACACCGAGUACGAGUAUCUGAUCCCCAAGCUGGAUGGCAGUAUCGUGGUCGGAGGUGCGCGGUCCAAGUACUACCACGACCUGCCCUCCUGGUACAACAACGUCAACGACGAUCAGCUGAUAGAGUCUGCGAAGACGCACUUUGACGGAUACAUGCAGCGCGUGUUCCACGGCUGGGAAGACAGCGGCGCGACCACGUCCGAGGUGUGGACCGGAAUCAUGGGCUACUCUUCUGAUGGGCUGCCGCAUAUUGGUGCCGUGCCUGGGAGGCAGAACCAGUUCAUCCUCGCCGGGUUCACCGGGCACGGCAUGCCGCAGAUCUUCCUGUCGGCGAAGGGGGUGGCGUCGAUGAUCAUGGAGCAAAAGAGUUACAAGAGCACAGGGAUCCCGAGCAUCUACGAGGCUACACAAGAAAGGCUGAGCAGCUCCGUGAACACGAUCCUCGCGAGCUGGGAGGCAGCCCAGAGCACCGGGUCCAAAGCACCGGGACCAAAGCUGUAG